AUGUUAUCUAAUGUUAUACACACCAAGUUUGUAAUGGUGAAUCAGGUGCCACGUCGCCAACAGCGACGUGGCAACCAAACGAUGAACGACGACAUUGUCGUCGUUCAUCGUUUCUGUCUAUACUAUCAUGGCCAACGCGCUACUAAUAACCAUGCCACGACAUGCUUGCCAUGCCCAUACAUCACCACAACACACCAUGACGACUACACCACGACCACGUCAUCACCACACACCACGGCCAUGACAGACACAAAACAACAGUGCGACCAGGACACCGAAGGGCGAAAGUCGGAUGACGACGACAGCAAACAGGUGAAGGACGACGACGACUACCAUGACGGUGAACAGACGAUGGACGACGACGACCAGGGCAUACGAACGACGGACCACGACGAGGAGGAGGGCGUAGAACCAACGGCACGACGAGGGCGUACAAGCGACAACGAGGACGAGGGCGUGCAAACGACAACGACAACGAGGGCGACGAGGGCGUACAAACGAUGA